AUGAAUGCCCCCGCCGCGCUGUCGCUGUCACUGGCACGGGCGUCUUGUCGGCUCACUGCGGAGAUGGAUGGGGCCUGUGCUCAGCGCUGGGACAAAAAGGAGAGUGCAAAUAAGAUCAAGAUCCAUGGACAGGCAGGUCUCAAGUGGCAGCAGUCAGCGCUGAUAGAGACUGAUGAGGAGGAGCAGUGCAGACUGAGCUGA